AAUUCCUUUGGUCGCAUCGUUCUUUUCUUCCCUUGACAUGGAGUUCUAAUAUAUGUACACCACUGAGGGCAGCAACCUAAAACUACAGUUCUCGUUUGUAAUACUUAAUUCAUAACUGUCUUGUUUUUAUUUCAGAAUUUACCUAAAUUGGAAAUCCUCGAUAUGGCUUUUAAUAAUUUACCAAAUUUCAACUUCGAUUACUUUGACCAAGUGGGUACCUUAUCUAACUUAAAUGUGAAUGUGAGUCACAAUCAGAUCAUUAUGUUGAUGUACAAUAGUUCUUGGGCGGGUCGGAAUGAUCAUGGUUCAAUGUAUCAUUCAAAUAUUAAAUUGCUUGACUUAUCACACAACAACAUUUCCCUUAUACAUCCGGGCUAUUUCCGGCCAGCGGAAAUCUCAUUAACACAUCUUUACAUGGGUUAUAAUUCCUUAAUGAAUUGCACACGCGAUGUCUUUGGUAAUAUGCCACAUUUACAAUGGCUGGAUCUGUCCUACAAUCGGAUACGCGAGUUAGAUUUUGACGCAUUUAAAAAUACCAAACAGCUGCAGCUUAUCUAUUUGGACCACAAUUACAUAACGGAUAUACCGCAAGAUAUUUUUAAACCCAUCUACGCUUUGCGUGUCGUCGAUAUGUCACAUAACCACUUGCGAGGCUUACCAGAUAAUCUCUUCUAUAAUGGCGGCAUGGAAAAAAUGGACGUCUCACACAAUAUGCUGCUCAAAAUACCCUCGUCAUCCUUAUCCAGUUUGGCCGCUUUGACAUUAUGUGAACUGCACUUGUCCAACAAUUUCAUUUCGACAAUACAUAGCAUGGAUUUGUCAAAUAAAUUUAGGGUGAAUAUAAAAUAA